AAGCCGGUGCCUGGAGCCGGUGAGGUGAGCUCGGCCAGAGCCCCGCCAUCCUGGCGUCUCAGCAACUUGGUGACCGACGGGGCAGAGCUCCGGACUAGACAGCGCCUUUCCGAGUCUGGGCCUCCGGCGCAGAGGGAGGGAGAACCUCGGAGCGCCGUGGGCAGGUGGAGUGAGUGAGGCAGAUGAACAGACAGAAGCUGGACGAUCCUGUAGAAGCCCUCUAAUUCACUCUGCAAGGCCACUCUUGAAGGUCGUCUCUUCCACAAGCUGUCCCUUCCUGCUCCUGGUCCUCCUGUGUACUCAUCACUUCCUACAGUGACCUCCUGCCCGGCACAAACUGCCUGGGGACAAGGAUGAGUGGAAGGGCCACGUGGAGCUGGAGCCCAGGAGGCUGGCUGCUGGCAGCGUGCCUGGCCUGGCUGUGGACCUGCCUGGCCCUGGCUUCCUUACAGCCUCCAACUGCCACAGUCCUGAUAAAGCAGGGCACCUGUGAGGUGGUUGCUGCUCACCGCUGCUGCAACCGGAACCGCAUUGAGCAGCGCUCCCAAACUGUCAAGUGCUCCUGCUUUUCCGGCCAGGUGGCUGGCACAACACGGGCAAAGCCUUCCUGUGUGGACGCCUCCAUCGUCCUGCAGAGGUGGUGGUGUCACAUGGAGCCCUGCUUGCCAGGGGAGGAGUGCAAGGUGCUCCCAGACCUGUCAGGAUGGAGCUGCAGCAGUGGACAAAAAGUCAAAACCACCAAGGUCACAGGCUAGCUCUUGGGGGUCAUGGCUGAGGACAGGCUUGAUUAAGCCCUGGACUGAAGAGUGAAGAGUGCUUCGCUGUCCUGGACACAUGUUUCACACCAAGUGCAACACCAGUCAUCCCAGGGGCAUUUCACUGAAGCUGCUCAGCAGAUACGAUGGAUCUCCAACCAUGAACCUAGGCUGCUGUGUGCUUGAGGACACAAACAAGAAGGUCAAGACACAAUUCUUGCUCUUAAGGAAUGUCCAGCCAAGUUGGGGAACUGAGGGCAGAUGGGUUCGAUAACUCACAGUAUGUAUCAGGGCUUCUGAACCACCUGUCUGCUGUGGGCAUGGUGGGAGGGGUGGAGAUGAGAUUCCCAAACCUCUUCAGCCAUCCCGUGACCACAGGGUAAAACCCAAGAGAUCCCAUUUGGCACCUUCUCUCCCAUCCCUCACAUCAGUCUGCACCAAGCUGCUAACACGUUGAAGGAAAGCCCUCUGCCGUAUGCCCCACCAGCAUCCGGAUGGGAUGGAUUGACUUGGGGAAGGCAAGCAAAGUUGAAGUCCAACAACUUUCUAGCAAAGCGCCAGCAGGAAUGUGGCGUGGCUUGGGCUGUUUGUUGAGUGUGGGAUGAACAGGUGCUUAGAAUCUCUUGCCCCUUGGGGGCUUUUGUUCAUUUGUAUUAACAGAGGAGGAAACUGAAUCCUAAAGUGGUGAGGCGAUUUGCUUGAGAUCUCACAGCCUGGGUGCCAGUCUCUCUGUCUGAGCAGAUACUAAGUUCCAACCUGGUCCUUCCAUGUUAAUUUUUCUCAAGUAUGGGAUCCUGUAAAGUACUAGCUGAGUAGCAGCAGCACUUUUUUCAGGAGAUGCUAGAGUGGGGACUUGGACCACGGCCACGGUUCUCUUGUCCAAGAUAAUCCAGAAUACCUACACCCUGGGGCAUGGAAUCACUUGGUCUCCACUCUGUCCCAGUUCCCCAAAUUCCCACACAGACCUCAUGAUAGGCCAGAGGUUACUCAGCCCAGUUAGACCUGAGGAGCUCUGAGCUAGUGGCACUGUUACAGCCUCUGACCCAUCUCUAGAGUCUCUGGACUGGAGGCUCUGGGGGUAUAGGGCUGGUCAGAGCCCUCUCCCCGGGAUGCUUAUGCUGGGGCAGGUGUGGCAGGCUGCAGCCUUUGUCCGGGACGGAGGGUCAGCACAUUUAGGCUUGAGGAUGAAAAAGCCUCAAAUAAAAGGGGCUUCAGAAAAAGGACCACAGCCUCUAUGCCUGUGGGCGUCCCUGGGACUUCAGGGUGUGCGGUGUCUAUUAGUGACCAGCCUGGGAGCUACUGAAGUCUCACCAUUAGAGAAAGCCAAUCUGAUGGUGGUUUGGGGCUGAGUCUGUUUCCCUGUCUUCACCAACAUCACACAGUAGUCAAGCUGUCACUCUCAUCCUCACCCACCCCGGUUUGUUUUGAUUAUUUCUGUUAAUGGAGUGAACAGUAAUGUGAGCAUCUCACUGAAUUGUAAAUGACAGGGCCCUGCCAACAUCAGUCUCUGCCUGUAGUGAGCUCAUGAGGUACAGUAGUCGAGGAGCGGAUCAAAGGCUGUCAUUGCCUCCUUCAAGGCUGGGAAAUGGAGGCUGAAGGACAGACCAAGGGGUUGGCAAACUUUUUCUAGAAAGGGCUUAGAUAGUAAAUAUGUUAGGCUUUGCAGACCACAAAUCCCUCUUGCAUAUUUUGUUUUUAUUCAGAAAUGCUGGAGGAUUAUACAAAAGCAGACCCUGGCCCCAUUUUAGAGGUUUGCCAACCCGAGGGAACCCUUGAAGCCACCUCUGCAGCAUGAGGCAGCCUCCCAGCCUCCGGGUGAAAACCUGAGAACAAGGGCUGGGGUGGGUUUUGUUUUUCUUCUAAUGCUCCUUGCAAGAUAGGUGAGUGAAUUAUUUAGGUUACAAAUGAGACAGCUUUAGCAGUCAGGCAACAAAAGCCUGCUCUCAUGGAGGUUACAGAGUAGGCUUCUCCACUCCCUCCUCAGCCUUGACACCGUGUCCAGGAGGCCGCAGACCCCUGCUCGUCUGAAAUCCACAGCCACUAAGAAAGAAGGGCACCGUGAUGCUGCUGUACCCUCAGCUGCCAACCACUGCCAGCUCCUGCCUCAGUCAACCUUCUAGCUCCCUGACCUUCCCAAGUGCCUCUUGUUCCUGCUCACUGAAAGGACCUCUUUCCUUUGAUGUGUGGGGGAAUCUGCUUGCUCUGUUUUAUUUCCACAAAGCCUCAUUUCGCCAGACCUGUUCAGGUGUUUGUUUAUUUUGGUACCAGGGAUCAAACCUAGAACCUUGUGCUUGCAAGGUAGGCAGCAGAAGCACUGAGCUAAAUCCUCUGCCCUCAGGUGUUUAUUCGGUAGGCUUUGAGAGAUACCUCUUUUUUUUUUUUUU